GUGUAUAUUUUACGACGGUACUGGGCUGAACCGUUCUGCAGCUUGUCCUUCCUCACUCGUUCGAUGUCUUCGAUCGUCGGUUGUCGUCUUCGUUGGGACCUUGGUGUUGAGGAGCUAACCUCACGCACUGCUUCUUUGAUUGAAAAGUCUCGUGCCUUGUAUGACUCAAUCGGUCGUUCAACCGAUCCAACCUGGGACACCACUGCUAAGCGAUUAUCUUUAUUCGAAGCCGAGUUUUCCACUCAGAGAAAUAAUAUUGAAUUCCCGCAGCAUGUUUUUCAAACAAAAGAAAUCCGUGAUGCUAGUGUCCGCUGUUCUCGUCAGAUUUCUGAUCUUAUUGUGGAGCUCAGCAUGCGGACGGAUGUUUUCCGUGCUUUCGUUGCCAUUCAGUCUAAGUUGGAUGAUUCCGUGCCUCCCGAAAUGGCACGUUAUGUGAACCGGAAGGUGCGAGACGGAAGACGCAAUGGCCUUCAUUUGGAUGAAGAGGUACGGAGCAAAAUUGAAGCCCUGUUCAAAGAAGAGAACAGGCUGUGUAUUGAUUUCUCGCAUGCCUUAGGUGAAGAAAACACAAUGCUGGAAUUCACGAAAGAAGAGCUAACCGGCUGUCCCGAGGAUUUUCUCUGCAGUCUAAAAACGAUGCCAUCCGGGAAGUUACAACUUAGCCUGAAGUAUCCGCAUUAUAUUCCUGCUAUCGAAAAGGCAUGUAAUCCGGAUACGAGGAAGAAGCUGGAAUGCGCUUUCACAUCCAGAUGCGUCGAUGAAAACAAACCUAUUCUGAAACGAUUGAUGGCCAUCCGAAAAGAGUGCUCCGAACUUCUUGGGUUCCCAACCCACGCAGAUUACACUGUAGACAUACGCAUGGCAAAGAGCGCAGCGAACGUCGCCAAGUUCUUACAAGGCGUGGCAGAAAAGCUGGAGCCGCUGUAUUUGAAGGAAAGGGCCCGCUUCCUAGAACUGAAGAAACAGGAGUGCGAUCGCCUAAACAUACCAUUCAGUGGACAAUUGGAUCCAUGGGAUCUUCGUUACUACUCUAAUUUAGUCAAAGAGAAAGACUACGCCGUUGAUCAACAAACGUUGAAGAAGCAUUUCCCACUGGAUGUGGUGAAAGCCGGUACUCUACGACUGUACCAACAUCUUCUCGGAUUGACAUUCGCGCGCGUCGAGACCACCGAAAUUUGGCAUCCCGAUGUUGAGAUGUAUUCCGUCAGGGACACUGACACUAAUACAUUGCUCGGCUACUUCUACCUGGACCUCCAUCCACGCGAGGGCAAGUAUUCCCAUGCGGCAGUGUUCGAAUUGCAGCCCAGCUGUUUGUGCCCUGCCUCCGAAGGUGCGGCAUCUGGCGAAGCCGAAGACCACCGCCCAAUCGAACGCCAAUUAGCCGUGGCUGCGAUGGUCGCCAACUUCACCGCGCCUACUGCAGAUCAGCCCAAGCCGUGUUUGUUACACGAAGAACUGGAAACAUUCUUCCAUGAGUUUGGACACCUGAUGCAUCACAUUUGUUCACAGGUGGAUUGUGCAAUCUUUGGUGGCCUUGAAGUGGAGACCGACUUUGUUGAGUGUCCCUCACAAAUGCUCGAGAAUUGGGUGUGGACUGAAGCUGGUUUGAAGGCUCUUCUCGCAGAUGAAUUCGAUCGUAUACCUGGAGACACGUUAAAAAGCCUACUUGCAUCACGUAACGCUAAUGCCGGCACAUUCAACUCACGCCAGAUUUUGUUUGCGUCUUUCGAUCAGAAGAUUCAUACUUCCCGUUGGCAAGAUGACCCACAGGAUGUUUUCGCCGAAUUGAGCCGCGAAAUUCUCCAUGUGGAUCCAAGUCCUGGGACUUGCACACCGGCCUCAUUCGGUCACCUUGCCGGGGGAUAUGAUGCGCGCUAUUACAGUUACAUGUGGAGUCUCGUUUUCAGCGCCGACAUGUACGAGACGCGGUUCCAUCAUGCUCCGGACGGUGGAUGCUUGAGCCCCUCGGUUGGGCGGGAUUAUCGGGAAAAAAUUCUGAAACCCGGUGCUUCCAAGGAUGCGGCUGAAUCCCUGCGUGACUUCUUGGGCCGAGAACCGAAUGACAGAGCUUUUUUCAAACUUUUGGGCCUCGAUGCGGGCUAAGCAGUUUUCACACGGCAUGCUUUGAAGUCACCAUUCCCACCUUGGCUAUCCUUCUUUCGUAGAACGGUUUUUUUACCGACUGUUCUUGUUCUUGUGUUUGCAUUACUGCAUUCCUCACGGUUGUCUCCUUCAGUUGCUGACCUUUCCUCCUUACAUCCUCUCUUCCGACUCUCAAGACAUCCCAGAAUCUCGCAAACUAGAUUGGGUGUCUUUUACUGGUCUCCUUAUUCGACCCGAUGAAAUUUCUCUUCCGAUUAAGUGAACAUGUGUCAUUGCAAACUAAACCCUUAACUACGGGCUUUUUAUGUGGCCUACGGAAUUACCACUGUGUUUUCCAAUCCGAGGUUUGCUAGUUUAUGCGUCACACUGUGCCGAGGUGCAAGUUUCGCGAUGUUUUGUACAGUUGUACGGUUUGUUUGUCUUUUGUAACACUACCAAUACUUAUUUUCAACAGCGUUGCAGUUUCGCACGA